AUGGAUGCUCUGCAAGCCCUGAAGGAUAAACGGACAAUCAUCAAGCAGGAAUCUGUCGGCUCAGAUGACGACUGGACGCCGGUUAAAGUUGAGAGGGGAUCUAGCGAGCAAUAUGAUGAUGAAGGUAGUGAAGAUGACAACGAGGAGGACGAGGACGAGGUCGAGGUCGAGGAGAAGGACGAGGACGAGGACGAGGACGAGGACGAGGACGAGGGCAAAGCUCUAGAUGGGUUCGCUUCCUUUGGCGUAUCCUACAAGAGAGCACGCGUCUCUUCAGCGGGGAAGGCUCCUCCUAUCCGCUUGCCAGUGGUGAGGGUGGAGGGCAGGCAGAGCAGGUAUUCGCGGCUCAAGGGGGAGCUGCUGCAUGUGCAUCAGGCGAUAGGAGGGAUGAUGUGCGAGGACUGCGGGACGACAUGCAGUAAGCGCUGGAAGUUCGUCGUGCUCAACGGGGGGGACACACCCUCUCCUCUCUGUGCAGCCUGUGCUCUGACGCACGAGAGGCUGAACAGGGGGAGGAAUCCUAGGGCCAUAGCGGCUGCGUACAGGAAGAGGAGAGAGCAACUGGUAGAGUCUCGACAUUCUUCCUGGGGAAACCUCGACCUCCUUAAGGCCGACCCUCGACUCAUCAGCAUCCUCCACCCCCUCAGCCGCGCUCCAGUCCACAUGGUGUGCACACCGCUGCCGUUAGAGCUUGCCGUGUGCAUGUCCACAUGCUGGGAGGGGAGCAAGAAGCAGGAGAGGAGCAGAGAGCUGUCGAGAGGCGGGAUAGGCCUGUGUAUCAUGGACUCUCAGGACCCGGAGACGAUAAACCUCCAGCUCCGGAACCUCUGCCUCCUCCUCCGACACGACCUCCUGACCCGUGACUGGGUCGCGGCUAGCGAGAGUCUCCUGGCACUGCUGCUGGAGAAGCGAACGGUCCCCGACGUUGUGUUCAAGGCAGGAGCACAGCUGCUGCGAAGCUCGAAGAUGCGAGGAGCGCAGCGGGACAGGCAGCGCUUUCUCCGCUCGCUGGUGGACCAGGCGACGUUCCCUAGAGCCAUGCAGAUCCACCUGGAGACUGUGCGGUUCCUAAUCGAGAGCGGGCAGCUGGCAGAUGCGAGGAGAGAGCUGGAAGAGAAGCUGGGAAGUGGGCGACCGUACUCGGAGGACAGCCGCUAUCAUGCCCUCCUCGGGAUCACUUCCAUCCUGAUCCUAUCGCACUGCAAGGAGACGAUGGAGGAGGAGAGCAGCGGGCCGUCGUCGAGCGAUGAGAGGAUGAAGAGUUCGGUGUACGAGCUGCCUUGGUCGCCAUCUCAGAUUCAGAGGAGGAGGAUGAGGAGGAAGGAGGAGGAGGGCGACUCUCUGAACGCCUCGGGGCUCUCCAUGUUCAUGGGGAGGAGCGACAUGAGUUUCAGCAAGGGAGCGUGCGAGCAAGUCAAGUUGAUCACGGAGGGAGUUCUCAAAAAGGUGGUUCCCUCCUGCCCGUGGGAGCUUGAAGAGUGUGUGCGCGUCGGGCUGGGGGACGAGGGGAGGAGGAUGAGGGAGGACGAGCUGUACAGGGAGGCGAAGAAGGAGUUGCAGCGGAGCCUGGCCAUAUCUCGAUCGGAGGCCAUCUCCUCCCUCCUCGUCCUACUCCUCUGUCGUGGAGGAGAGCUGGAGGAGGCAGUGGAAGAGCUCAGCUUGCAUCAUGCGGCCGAUCCGAAGAGCGUCAACGCCACAAGGAGGAUGGCGACGCUGCUGAUGAUCCUUGGGGAGGACGAGGAAGACUUCCUCUCGCAGGCCUUCACGCAGCCCUCGGGUGCUUCCGCAGGCAGGAGGGUGGACCCCUCCUCCUUCCCCUUGCAUAGGCGGCUUGAGCUCGUUCUUAGCUGGCUCGCGCUUGACCCAUGCUCGCGUCCUGCCCUUGGAUUCCUGGAGAAGCUCGUAGACCGGGGUGAGGCAGAUCGUGUCGAUCUCAUCUCGAGCUUGGCGUCAGCACUUGACUACCAGAGCUGCCCUGAGCUCGCGGAUAAGCUUGCGGAGAGCGUCUCGCUGUUUCUGCGGGGAGAUGAAGCAGAGGAGGCGAGGAAGGGAAGGGAACUCGAGCUCGAGACGAGGGUGUGGGGAGAGAGGAGGCGCUGGUGGCCCCGGAUGCAUGGCGACCAGUUCUGUCGGAGGUUCUGGCAGUAG